CGCAGGCAACAACAAAAACACAGCACGCAAGUGUUUUGUGUAUCAUUUAUUGUAUGACAAACACAAUUAGGCCACACAAGUGGCACCCGAAACACCGCGGCGUUGUUGACACACAAACGCACCACUAGAGAGAACGUCUGUUAAAAACACGUCCAUGACUUCCUUUAGGAUAAAAACACAUUAGUGAAGGUUUCAGUCUUGCAGCAUAUGAGGCACUAUGGCUCUGAGGUAACUCUAACCAAGCCGUGCCUCGCACAUAAGAGCAGUUUGACCGAUUUACACAUCGCGUGCGAACUAACCGCUUCUCGUGACAGCGGGACAGAUGCUUCUCAGGCAAAUGCUGCCUUCACUGCAGGAAGUGUAACGAAGCAGCACGGCGCAUGCUCUCGUGCCUCUCUGACAAGCGGAGGAUGAACUAUCCGCUGCUGUAAAACGCUCUGUGGGGAGGGGGUGAUGGCGGGUGCUGAGGUCACCGUGUCUUCAGGGGAUCUCAUGACGGUGAAGGAGGAGGAAGGGGAGUCCAGUGGCAACAACCAUAAGACUCAAGUUAUCCUGCACCUGCAGCCCAUCCUGCACGGGAUAAACGACGACAUUGCUGACACUGGCACGACAGUCUUGGCCAUAGAGACACAUCAUGAAGAUAGUAAAGCAGAAGGAGAGGAGAUCGAGUACGGCUACCCCAUCACCUGUGGAGACAGCCGAGCAGUUCUACUCUUUAAGAAGUUUGUGUGCCCUGGGAUCAACGUCAGAUGUGUCAAAUUUAAUGACCAGCUCAUCAGUCCCAAGCAGUUUGUCCACCUGGCAGGGAAAGCCACUCUUAAGGACUGGAAACGGGCCAUCAGACUGGGAGGGGUAAUGCUCAGGAAAAUGAUGGACUCCGGCCAGAUAGAUUUCUACCAGCAUGACACGGUGUGCAGCAACACCUGCCGCAGCACUAAAUUUGAUGUGCUGAUCAACAGCACGCGGCUUCCUCCGGGGACCUCAGUGCAGCCGAGCCCAUCAUGUCUGGCUCUUGACCUUGUUGGAGGACAGGUGCCUCCCCUGACAGGGGAGGCUGUACAUGAUGCAGCAGAGGUAGAGGAGCCUGUGGAGGAGAAGUUCAGUGCAGCAGCAGAUUGGAGCCCUGGUGCGGCCCGCGAUGUGAAUCCCACCACAGCAAACGGACAUGCUGCGAAGAGAAAGAGGGCUGACACACCUCCUGAUGGAGUAUUGAGCCUGUGGAAGGGUGUGGCAGACUCGGGGCUGAUGGGCGAGGUCCUGUCCAGUCUCCAGACUGAGUUAUUAGCCACUCUGAAAGGAGUGGAGGUUCGCAGUGAGAAGGCCAGCCUGCAGGAGACAGAUGCCGUCAUACUUAAUUCCCUGUGUAAGAUGUUUGGCCUUUUAGACUCAGUGAAGCAAGCUCUGGACCUGAAGCGCAGCCAGGGUGAAGAAAACAAAAUCCAUAACAAUUUUUAUGUGCUGGAUGAGAGUUUGGAGGAGCGAAGGAAGCGGGGUUGUGAUAAAAGCACCUCUUACAAAAUUCAAUCCUUGAAACACCUACGACCUCACCGUCACAACAACAGCCAAACCCACAACAUGCUGUCCCCUGUCAAAACAAGCCCAGUGAUCCAGCCUCUCUCCAUCACCAGUUUAUCUAUCGCACCUUACGCUCAGCUCACCAUCAACCCUCAGCUCUUCACCCAUUUCUCUACCUCUGCUGGCCAGCGCCACCACGCCGGAGCUGGCAGGAUGGACAGGGAUGCCCAUAAUACCACGCUGGAGAGGGAGCGUGAGCUUGGUGAGAAUCAAGAGAAACUUCGCAGGCUGGGACAGGCGGGUGUGGAGGGAGAGGACACCUCAGGGAUUCACAAAGAGCCUGGACAGAGGACUGUUAAGUUUCAAGGAGACCCUCACCUUAGAAGUGAGGAUGUAGACGAGACGGAGAGCUUGCAAGGUAUUGAAAAGGUGGUUACAGGAAGAAAGGCGUCAAAGAAACAUAAAAGUAUGUGAGGGAGAGAGAGACGAUCUCAAAGGGAAGCUGGGCUAAAAUAGGGAUUGUGCCUGAAACCUGAAGACUAAACUUACUUUGUCAAACUGUAUUUUUCCUCCCUUUGUAUGCUCGUGUAUAUACUGUGGUUACAUCAGUCGGAGUUUCUGCAGCAGUGUUACAAGUACAGAUUGGUUCUGGCAUUGAGGCUGUCAGUGACACUUUCUGGACUUAUUGGUUAAAUCAUUGGUAGGUAGAUUUACUUUUAAUAAUCAAUUAAUCAUUUGAGUCGUUAUCUAAGCAAUAAUCCCCCAAAUUCACUGGUCCCAGCUCCUCAGAUUGAAAUGAUGCUGCUUUUCUUAGUCUUUGGGUUUUGGUCGGACUGAAUUCGCAAUAUUUUACAAUAUUAAUUAAUCACUUUGGGCUCUGGGAAAUUGCAAUGGGCUUUUUUUUUUUUUUUUUUUUUUU